AGUGCGACUUAGGGAAGUCCCCCCAAAUUUUGUAUUUUUAGGUUUUUGUAAUAAAUGUUGUAGAGCAAGUAUAUUUUCCGUGUAUGUUUAGUUUUUUGAUAACCAAUUGCCAUUUUACAUUACUGUGAAUGGCCUACACUGCAACAUGAUUCGAAAUACCAACUCAUUGCGGGCUCUUGUUCCACGAUUUCAACAUCAACCAGUUUGCCAAUUUCAUGCAUCACCCGCUUGUAAUAAGGCAACAGCAGGACGACAUAAAGUUUCAAAAAUGUUGAACAAACCAUUAACGUAUGAUCAGGCAUUCAAACCAAACUUGAUUGGAGUUAAGAAGGGUUGGCUGUCAGUGCACACUGGUAAUUUAAGAGGAGAACAAGGUUCUUAUCAAUUCACAUACGAAGAUGAGUUAAUCAGAAAAUUUUGUGUUGGAACUUUCUACAGGAUGCUUCCCACUGAUAUAGUGAUUAAAAGGCGAUUCAAUGUAAUAGAAAUUACAUUGCUAUGCAACACUGUUGUCACAUCAAAGGUACUUUUUCUGAAGGCUUAUUCAGAAAGGCUGCUUUCAGCAUUUUUGAAGUGCCACAUCAAGAUGCAUGUAUUUAAACUCAAUAACGAGGAUGCAAUCUAUAAAUACAUCUAGAAACUUUGCCAUGAGCCAGCUGUUGUGAUUGUGGAAGAGUAAAUAAGGUGGGAAUUAAAUUGAAAGCAGUAAAUCAUUAAAUCAAGAGAUCGACACAGAGCAAACAUACCUUCGGAAGUUUUAAAAUAUCAUAGUUUGCACAGCUUGCUGGAUGUGUUUACAUGCACCAGUACUCACAUCGGAUAAAAUGGUGGAAAUGUUUUCAAUCACGGUCAAUUGCUUGUACCAUGAGAAGGAAAAUCUGUAACUCUAAAAUUUCAGUUUUGGCUGUAGCAACUGGAUUGCUUCUAUCUGUGUUUGCAACUUCAUUACAACCUUGCGUUCUGAAAA